ACAGCUGAUCUAGAGUCCUACCACAACCAUUUUCUGAUGUACGCCAGCCAGCAUUCUUCCUUUUCACCACCAGUCUGAUGCCAGAACACUGCUGGCAGCACUGGCAGAACGCAGAUGGAACCAAGAUACCCCCAAUACAAGAUUUUGAGGAAGUGGUUGGAAUCUGGUGGUGGGAUGCCAAGGAGAAGAACCCAAAGACCCUAGAAGACUUGUACUCCUACCCCCUAGUCCUGCACCAACAACUGAGGAACUUGUGCAUUCACAAGUGAGAAGAGGCCUAGCGUUGGGUGAACUUCUGAGAUGAUGCAGGAGCUCCAGAAACCUCCAGCUCAGCAACCUUGUGAGAAACCCAGGAAGUGCUUUUCAUGGCUCGUCGUGGUUUAAUUGUUUCCUUGUAUGGAGCUGAGCGGGAUUGGAUUCUACAUAAUCGAAACUACACAAUCCCAGGAAGGGAACCGAACCUCAAGGUCUGCCUAUCAACCACCAGCACAAGAAGUGAUUGAACACCAACCAGAUCUCACCAUGUCAGACACGGUCCCCCUGGAACAGAGGUACAAGGCCAGCAUGGUCCUGAGUGGAGCAGGAGAUGCCCUGGGCUACAACCAUGGUAACUGGGAAUUUGAAAAUGAUGGAGUGUUAAUACAUGAGCAAGUUCAGAAGAGAGGAGGUCUAGAGAAGCUGGAUGCCAUAGACUUCCCUGUUAGUGAUGACACCGUCAUGCACCUGGCUACAGCUGAGGCUCUGGUCAAGGUGGGGGAAAGGGCAUCCCUCCCUGUGCUGUAUCGAGCCCUGGUGGAGAAGUACAUUGUAAGCAUGACAGACAUGGCUGGAAGAGGAGCAGGCCUGACCUGCCUCAACAGUGUUGCAAUGCACAGACAGAGAACUGACGAGGACAUUAAGAUUCCCUUCAACGAGAGGGGCGGAGGGUGUGGGGCAGCCAUGAGGGCCAUGUGUAUCGGCCUGCGCUUCCCCGACCCUGAGCAGGAGCACCUGCUGAUAGCAGUAAGUGUGGAGAGUGGGCGUCUGACCCACCACCACCCCACAGGCUACCUGGGAGCCCUGGCUGCAGCCCUGUUCACGGCCUACGCAGUGAGGGGCACCCUGCCCGUGGAGGCCUGGGGACACAGACUCAUGGAGGUCCUGGACAAAGCCAAGGAGUACGUCAGGCAUUCAGGCAAUUGUGUGGAGCUGAACAUGGAGCACUGGGACUACUUUGUAAUUCAGUGGAAAUCCUAUUUAGAAAAGAGAGGCAUUCUGGAUGGAAAGAGCAAACCUCAGUUCCCAGAGUCCUACGGUGUGAAGGAGAGGGAGAGUUUCUAUAGGGCGGUGAGCUUCAAGGGUUGUGGUGGUGCCAGUGGGCAUGAUGCUCCCAUGAUAGCUUACGAUGCCCUCCUGAGGGCAGGCGACUCCUGGGUUGAGCUGGCCAAUCAUGGCUUCUUCCACGGCGGGGACAGCGACUCCACGGCCGUGAUCGCUGCUGCCUGGUGGGGCGCACUGUUCGGCUUCAGAGGGGUGCCAGAGAUCAACUACCAGAGGCUUGAGUACCGUGACAGACUAUCCAAACUAGGGGAACGGCUAUACAAGCUCAGGGGAAAACCUCUAGGUUCUUUGAAAGUGUGACGCAAAUUAAACCAAUAGAUGGUUAAAGGUGAAAUUCAUUACAUUUCCUGCAGAUCUGUAAUUUCAGCUACUUAAACUUUUUUUGAUUUUGCAUCCCUUGGUUUUUUAAAAACAUUUUUAAAGAAUAUUACUGGAUCUGGAAAGAUUUAUAGAGUAUUUAUGAUCUCAAACUGCAGUCUACCUACUGACUAGGAGAUGGAGCCAGAAUGUUCUGUAUAAUAACAAACACUUUCUGUAAUGGCAACUUUUUUUUCUUUUUU